ACCAUACCUGAAACUUCACUGCCUUUUUAAUUGUCAGGCACACUGGUCUGGAAAUCAGUAGCCUGUUGGCUGCUGUUGCUAUUAAUCAGUUGGGAGAGAGGGAGAUGGCCAGGAGGAACAUCGGAGUCGCAGUGGACUUCUCGUCGUGCAGCAAAGCGGCUUUGCGGUGGGCGUCGACGAACCUUGCCAGGAACGGCGACAGGCUCAUACUCAUCCACGUGAACAGCUCCUGCCAGAACGAGCGGGGCGCCGUUCAUCUCUGGGAGCAGAGUGGUUCCCCAUUGAUCCCUCUGGCCGAGUUUUCAGACGUCGCCAGGACAUACGGUGUGUCACCGGACAAGGAGACGAUCGAGAUCCUCACUCGAGCGGCAAAUCAUAGAGGGAUCGAAGUCUUUGCAAAGGUGUUGUACGGCGACCCAGCAAAGAAGCUCUACGAAGCAGCCGACCUGGUCCCGCUUAGCUGCAUGGUCGUCGGGAGCAGAGGACUAAGCACGCUCAAGAGGGCUCUGAUGGGGAGCGUGAGCACGUAUAUUGUGAACCACGCGGCCUGCCCCGUGACGGUUGUGAAGGAGAUGGUGUAGCGUGUUGAACACCGCUGUUUACAAGCCUCACCCUAGCCAGAUUGAAUAAGCGUGCUUGAUAAGCACUGAUCAGGGGGAUCUUGCUACUUAUACGACAUUUUGUGCUUGAGAUUUGGGUAACUAGGACCGGGCAGAACAUGUCUACGUGUUGGGCUCAUGGCACUGACAUCUGAACAUAUGCCAUUAUGCCCUAAGCCUGUUGUAAUCGCAAAAUACUUUUGCUUAUAAAAUC